GGCGGGGCCGUCCCUAGAGUAGAGAUGGCGGCGACGGCAGCCGAGGUUGCGGCCUCUGGCUCUGGAGAGGCCCGGGAAGAGACUGAAGCUCCGGGUCCGGCCUGGGAUGAGUCCCAGCUACGAAGUUACAGCUUUCCGACCAGGCCCAUCCCACGUCUGAGCCAGAGUGACCCUCGGGCGGAAGAGCUCAUCGAAAAUGAGGAGCCUGUGGUGCUGACCGACACAAACCUUGUGUAUCCUGCUCUGAAGUGGGACCUCGAAUACCUGCAAGAGAAUAUUGGCAACGGAGAUUUCUCUGUGUAUAGUGCCAGCACCCAUAAGUUCUUAUACUACGAUGAGAAGAAGAUGGCCAACUUCCAGAACUUUAAGCCGAGGUCCAAUAGGGAGGAAAUUAAGUUUCAUGAGUUCGUUGAGAAACUACAAGCUAUACAGCAGCGCGGGGGAGAAGAGCGGUUGUAUCUGCAGCAAACACUCAAUGACACCGUGGGUAGAAAGAUUGUCAUGGACUUCUUGGGUUUUAACUGGAACUGGAUUAAUAAACAGCAGGGGAAGCGUGGCUGGGGGCAGCUGACCUCUAACCUGCUGCUCAUCGGCAUGGAAGGAAACGUGACCCCUGCUCACUAUGAUGAGCAGCAGAACUUUUUUGCCCAGAUAAAAGGCCACAAGAGAUGUAUCUUAUUCCCUCCGGAUCAGUUCGAGUGCCUCUACCCAUACCCUGUCCAUCACCCCUGCGACAGGCAGAGCCAGGUGGACUUUGACAAUCCUGACUAUGAGAAUUUCCCCAAUUUCCGAAACGUGGUUGGUUAUGAAACAGUGGUUGGCCCUGGGGAUGUUCUUUACAUCCCAAUGUACUGGUGGCACCACAUAGAGUCAUUACUAAAUGGGGGAAUUACCAUCACUGUGAACUUCUGGUAUAAGGGGGCUCCCACCCCUAAGAGAAUCGAAUAUCCUCUCAAAGCUCAUCAGAAAGUAGCCAUCAUGAGAAACAUUGAGAAGAUGCUUGGAGAAGCCUUGGGGAACCCACAAGAGGUGGGGCCUUUGUUGAACACCAUGAUUAAAGGCCGUUACAACUAACCUGCCAGAGGUCAAGACCUCCUGCCAGGUGACUGCUGUCCUGUCCACAUGCUUCGUUGAUGAGGACAGGACACUCCAAGCACUAGUAUUGCACGCUGCACUUAAUGGACUGGACUCUUGCCAUGGCCCUGGAGGCAGGUGUCUGAGGCAAGGCAGGGUAGUUGACUCCACUCCCAUUUGGAAAGGUUUCUCACCCUUGCCUCUUGAGCCCCAGAACCUUCCCUCUUUGUCCCCCUGAAGUCCUGCAUUUAGUGUGUGGAGUCCCAGCUUCUGGUUGUAAUCAUGUCUGUGUUAGUCUGUUAACCUCAGGGUGUGUGUGUGUACAUGUGUGCAUAUGCAUGUGUGUAUACACACACAUGCAUGUAUCUGUUCCUUGUUCCCUCUUCCUGGGUCAGGAUGUCACUUCUGGCUCUCAGCUCCUGUCUCCUGAAGCCUCAGUGGCUUAACCUGGGAGGAGAGAUGCUCCUGUAUCUCUACAGCGUCUGGGCUGUGGUGCCAGAAUGAAUCUGCACGUCAGUCUGCCGUCUGCCAGUUUUUGCAGCAUAGUCAGGCUACAAACCAGGUGGCAAUAACUGCUGGGACCCUAGUGGGGGCAUUGAGAAGGAGGCUUAUCUCUGGGAGCCUAGGUAGCCUUCUAGAGGAAGAGGAUUAGAUAGGAUUCCAGGUGAGAACUACAUGCUCAAGCCAUACAUAGAAGGAAAACUUGGGGACCUAAAAACAGAGGAUUGUGCGUAUGUCUAAAUAUAGGCAGAUGCAGCUGUUCUCUGUCAGUACCAGCUCUUGCCCCUGUGCUGCACUAAGGGGAUUCUAGCUCUGACUUCUUUGGGCUUCAGGGGUAUGAACCUCUGCAUGUGUGUGUACACAUCUGCACACUUGUAUGUAUGUGUGUUCACACUUGCCAUCCUUCUUGCUUACUAAGGUUCUCUACUGCUUACAUUGUCCAGUGUGACAGUACGGUGUGAACCCCAGAUACUGCCUGACUUAGCCUUUAGCUUUUAAACUUGGAUUUUAGCCAUCCUAUCUUGGUCAGACCUUACUGCAGCCUACCUAAAGCUGACUGGCUCAAGCCUCCAGGUCCCGUGUCUUUCCCUGUCCAGGCCACAUCCCCUGCUCCUGCUGAGCUUCCUGGCUGAGUAGAUGAAAUGGGGUCAAACUUAGGCAGCUAACUUAAUACCUUUCAUCCACCUCAGGGCAAGGGAAAAAAUGUCCUCUUGCCUCUUGGAGCCAGCGCCUCUGUCAGACCCAACAAAGCGUGGCAUGACAGCUGGAGUAGAACUGGUAGAGCUUGGAGACAGAAUUUACUUUUCUGUUGGUUCUGUUUAUGGGAACCCUCCUUAGGGCUGCAGCUCGGAGCUGGGCAGCUCAGUGUUACACAGCACAGAGCGCCAUCAUUCACAUCUGUUAAGAGGGAGUGGUGGCCCUGUGUCCACUUACCUCAAGUCCCUUCUCCAUCAUCCAUUUCUCUAAAAUCUGAGUUAGAAGUCUGAUUUUAUUCUUUCCUUUGUCACCUUUAAUCCCCUUCCCUGUAGAUUUGACCUCCAGUGUGCAAGCUGUGGGUCUUAGCCCUGAAGCUCAGCUUGCAGUGCCCCAUGGACUGAAAAGAUGCAUGUGUAUGCUUGCGCACCCCUGUGUGCACUUAGGGGAAGGGAUCUUUAGUACCCCUUUCUGGGGGCUAUGAUGCAACGUGGGUGUGCAGACCUGGUACCUUCUUGAGUAUAGCUCUUUAAAUUCACCCAGUGCUGGACAGCGUGAUUACAAUAAACUCAUGCCUCCAUCUCUUUUGGGAAAGAGGAACAUAGCAGAGGAGCAAGGCAGAGCGGUAUCAAUUUGGCCACCAUGACGGAUUUUCAUUCUCAGCAGAUCUAUGGCCCCGGCUCUGCCCUCAAAGGUGUCAGAUGUGUAGCAGGGGUCUGCUUAGUUGAUCCUUCAGUCUACUCUGCCUCUCACGGGUCUGACCUAGAGUGGCUGGGAGAAAGGAGAGAAAAGGUGAGCUCUGGGACCAUCACAGGAUUGGCUCUGAUGCUGGUAUGAUGUCAUAGCUGUUCCUGAUUUUAGACACCUGAUAUGUACCUAUUGCUUUUAGUUCUGUCCCUCCCAAUGCUGCAUGAUAGCUUCUUACUUCACAGAUGAAGAAACCGCUCAGAGAGUAGGAGAAGAGUGGUAGUCAAGACCAAACUAAUGCUGUUUGGCUCUAAAGCCACCCCUCCCCUGAUCCUCCAUUUCUUCCAAAUGCUGUUGGUUCUCUACCUCACCUCAAGCCUUGUUCCCCAGACAGUGUGCAAGCAGGCUCAGGCAAGAGGGUGUGGAAGGGUGAAAGGUUUGGGGGCUUCAGCUAGGGACAUGGGAAAGCUGCCUGGAAAGCCAUAUUAACAAGUGAAAGGUUCUGGGAAGAAGUGGAAGAGUGAGCCCUGGCUCUGCUGGGGAGGGGUGCUGUGUAUUCUGGAGUGUAGGUCUCAUAUCUCCUCUCAACACACCUCUGCAUUCGAUUCAGGUUCCGCUGGGCCACUUCCUCCUGUGAAUGACAUGCAGGAUCUCACCUAGGUUAGGGCUGUUGAGGCUUCAGUUGUACUUGCAACAGAAGAAGCAUUGCUACAGUGUCUACCCAUUCUAGCCAGCAGCACAAGAGUCAGAUGUGCCAAGGAAGGUGGAGACUUGGGCUUGUCCUGGGGUCAGCCAUGUUGCAAGCUCUCACAUUUAUAUCAGCAGUACAGUGAAAACUACUGUUUUGUGAAGUCAAAUAUUUGCUGGGGGGUUGGAGUUACGGGGUGGAGGAGGGGCUGUUCUGGGCAUCAGUUGAGCAGAUGCCCAGGAUGCCUGGGGGAGACCAGCUUCCCCUACAAAUCAGAGCUCUAAAUUACAAGGUUUUUACCAACGCGAACAGUUGGGGGAAGUCGUCUGCUCUCAUUUGCGUAAUGGUUUCUGUCACUGGUGAUUAGACACAGGAUGAAGGAAAAGAAAUUUGACAAUUAGGAAUGAGCCAUCAUUAAUCUGAAUCUGUUAGGAGACAGAGAGAGGAAGGAUCCUUACUAGUGGGCCAACCCAGUAUGUGGAGACACUCCCUGUCCCUGACCCCAGAAUCUUCUGGGCCACAUACCCUUUUGGAGUUCCCACAAGUAUGGGUAGAGCUUGCAUGCCUUCAUAGACUACGAGUCCAGUCCCAGCUUGAGGUUGAUUUGCAAACCGACAUCUUUCUGCAUGAGCCCCGCAAAGUUGAAGGUAGCUGAGUGAGUGGUGGGCACAGUAGGCUAGUUAUGAUGUGUGCUUAGUUACAGGAGGUGUUUCUGUAGUCAACACUGUUAAGCUCCACCAGUGACAGAGAAGGAUCUGUCACUUCCCAGCACUUGAGCUUGUGCAGGAAACCUGAUCUUUAUCAAAGCCCAGACCCUGGUGGAAGUUGGAAAGGAGACCACUUAAAGAGUAGCAGAGCCGAGGUGUGUGCAAGGAGGGCUGGUGUGAGGAAGAGCGGGGUGCAGCACAGGCUGCCUGGGGAGGAGACUCUUCCUCAAGCCUCUCAGCAGCAUUGACUGCCUCUGCAUCAGUGAGCCGUUGCUGUGGGGAGCGUUGAGGUUCCUGGCUCAGUGACCCAGUGAUGUGGCUAUUAAAAAGGUGUGGAGAAUCCAACUUAGAUCUUCCAGUGUCUGAGACUUACCUCACCACUCACCCCCGUCCCUUCAAAUGCCUACGAAUAGUAAUCUGUACCAAGUAGUAGUCCUCACCAUUAAUGUGUUCCUUAGAUCCCAGGUCCCCUCAAGGCUUGGGGAGAGGGGGCUCCUCUGUCUCUUUUCAUAAUGUGAACUUCUCAAGGAUGGUGCUAUCUCAGUCCUUGGUAAGUUCCCUACCUCUGUUGUCUUUCAUCCUUCAAAACUUGGUGCAGAAUUUAGCAAGGGCUACCAGCAGUGACCCUCUGAUCAGUUUUACCUAGAUGGCCAGGUGUGGGGAUGAGGGUAGCUCAGGGUUCUAGAGCCCAGACCUUUCUGGUUCCUAUUUCUCUUGGCGUCCUCUUAACCCAUCUCUAAGUGGCUCUUUGAGCUUUCGCAUACCCAGGCUCUCAGUAGCCUCUUUACCAAGGCUCUUUUCUUCAAAGAAGCUCUCUGGCUCCUAUGCUGGACAGCUUGGCUAGAGGCUCCCUCUCCGCAGGGUUUCUCUCUGUCCCUGCUUCACUUCUGACCUCAGGUAGCUCUGCUGCUGUGUCCCUGCUGCGUUGCUGUGUCUGUCUGCUCUGUUCACUUGCCAUUCCUUGGUCUUUCCAUGCUGGGUCAGCUUGUCCUGCUCUGGCGGUCCUUUCUACUAUGUCUUCAGUCAGCGCUGUUUAACUACAGACCCAUAGGGUCCUGACUGCAGCCCUGUUUUGAGCACUUUGGGGAUGUUUCUGGAGGAAUAGAGGCUCAGAAACUGGUGUCCUCAAGGCCCAUGGGCCUGUGAUUAGCGAUGCCUUGGAGACAAUUGGGGAGGGACCUGGAGAGGUGAAGUACUUCGAGAAAGAGGCCAGGCUCGGGAAACCAGGGUAGCAGGAGCCAGCUCUGUGUUUCCAUCUGAGUGUACCCUCGUGCCUUAGGGUCCAGCAGUUCAGGGAUGAGGGACAUUUUCUGAAUGUCUCCUAAUUUCUCUCAGGUCUUUGGCUCAGUGUCACCAAGUUUGACAGACCCCUUCAUUCCUGAGCUUGCUAGAAGGGAAGCAGCAUAUUGAGUAGUCUGGUGUCAAGAGUGGAGGCCUCCCAUGAGAAAGGCUUGAAUGGUAGGGGACAAGAGGAAGGGCCCAGUGGUCCGUCAGCUUAUCACCAGAUGACUCUCCAUUCCUCCAAGAGAAUAAGUACAACAGUUGAUUCAAGAAGUUUCUUUAAAACUGCCCGCCCUCUUCACCUAAAAUCUGUUCUCAUGUUAGGAAGGAAUGUGUGUCCUUAAUUUUCAAGGGGAAACAGUCUAGUGUUUAAAAGCAUGUGUCUGGGGUCUGGUCCCUUCGGUACAUUUCUAGCUUGCUACUUACCAGCUGGGUUUGACCUUGGUUGAUUCAUUUAACCUGAGUCUGUUUCCUUUACUAUAAUGACUUGUGGGGGUGGGGGUUUGAAAAUAUCUACCUCAGGGUUGCUGGAUUAACUGAAAUAAUGUCUGUAAAGCUUUAGCACAGUGCCUGGCAAGCACUUAAUAAAUGGCUGUGGUGGUGGUGGUUUAUAGUAUGACUUAUUUUAAAAAUUUGGCUUCAGUGAUGUAUAAGAUUUCCAGUGACACAUCCUCUCUAAACCCAUGCCUCUUCUGCCUGGUCAACCAGACUCCUGCUCACUGCUGCCUGGGCGUCUGAGCCCCGCACUGACCUGUUGUGGGAGCGCAGUUGCUCCUCCUUCCUGGAGAAGCUAUUGCCUCUCACACACCUAGACACUGACACAGGUGUGAGCACCUACCCCUGCUCACACAGGUCUCCCAACUGUCACAAGGACCUGUUGCCACUCCUUGUAAAUUCCUCUGGAAAAGAGUAUGACAGCUGCGGCCCCUGUGGCUCACUUUUAUGACAUUCAGUGUGUUUAAAUGACAAGUGUGUUGAGAUUGCUCGAGGGCAUAGGGAAUUCUAAUUGAAGAAAAUGGGUGGGCGUUAACAUACUGUUUGUUAAGUGCUUCUGUUUCAGGCACUGUGCUAGUCCCUUGCACUGAGUGCUCCUGGUUCAGUAGGGGAGUUAAGGUUGCAUGUGGACAAGCACCUCACUCAACUCACAGUAGGGUACCGACAGUAGGGUGGCCGCCUAUGGAACAAUACAGCCCGAACUGAUAACUGGAAGAUAUGUAGCUACUCAGGUUGCAGGAAAAGUAGAAGGUGUGUUUCUGCCCAACUUUCUCUUGUGUCUAGUCUGCCCAAAGAGUUUGCCAGAGAAAGGACCAGAUGUAGUAACAGGAAAAGAAUAAAAACCUUUGGUUAGUCACAGAAAUCUGGCAAUCUGCUUGCUGGCCCACAUUUGUUGUGAAGGGCAGAUAGAUUGGACUGGACUACUUAAAGUGCCCCACUGACCUCUCGGACAGCCUAGCCGCUAAACAGGUUACUCAGGCUUCAGCCUGAAAUUUACUUGUGUGUGUGAGAUUACCAGCACCUCCCACAAUGGGAUCCCACUGAUCUUCUGGACUCUGUACCACCCCUGGCUACCUCCCUUUGUCUUAGGGUGCCAAAUUUUGAUGGUUCCCUCUUCAGCCGUGAAGCCUCUCCAGGCUCUGGUGCUAGCCCCAUUAGGGGUUUAGCCUUAUGCUAAGCUGUCCCUCUGGGCAGCAGGGAAUUUAGAGUCACCUGCAGUCACCUCUUUUAUGUAAUUCUGGCCUUGGGCCUUGACUUUCUUCCCCAUUGCACCAGCCAAAUUUAUUGGUUUAUUCUUUUUGCUUAAGACCUGUUCACUUGGUCAUUAAGGUCAAUCCUGUCUUUAGGGAAGCUCUGUACAUUAACCCAAAGUCGGCAUGUGUGGACCAGGUUUUUAUUCUGUUUGAGUAGAUAGUGUGUAGUGCAGUGUAGGGGAGAGGUUGAGAACGAUGAACACACACUGGGUCUGCCGUUCUGCAUGACUUUAAGGAAGUACAAGUUGGCUGGACUUGAGCUCUUCAUCGCCACACACUGGACAGUUACACAAAACAAGCUAGGUGAGGAAAGGCUCAGCCGUGCUCCUUAUCCUCCAGGGUCCAGGCUUCUGUCCUUACAGCUUCCCAACUAGGUCCUGUGGCCAGUUGUCAGCGCCUGAGCAGGGCACAGGGGUGAGCAUCAACCGCUCAAGGCUCCUUCCCCUCAUCAGUGACUUGCAGCUUUGUCAGGGACCUUAUCCCCAUUGCCAUCUCUGGGCAGUGAUUUUACAGAAGUCAUUUUCUACACUAUAAAAAUACAGAACUGUGAAGUCAAUACAUUAGACCUAUUUUCCUCUCUUGAGGACUAAAGAUAAUUGUCUUUAAAGAUAAUCGAAGGUUUGUACUAGCUGGUGACAGUAAGGGAUGGAAGGAGAUGCUGGUGUGUGCAGGGUGUCACAGUAGGGCCACAGUGUUGCAAACAAAGUUGUCACAUGCUGUUGCACUAGUCUGCAGGCAGAUCACCCCUGGCUAGAAGAUGUUGCUUCUGCACAUCUUUGAAAUUUCACUUCUGCCUGUCCUUUAUAGUCAGCAUAGCCAUGGCUCUUUGAAGGACUUGCAUGACACACCGCUGUGGCCACCAUGCAUGAGUCUGAGUCCUCACUUAACCACUUCCUAACGCUAACCUUAGUUAACGUCUUUGGGCCCCAGCUUCCUGGUUUGGUCUGUGAAAUAACAGGUAGCUUGCAACGGUGAGGGUUUGUGAGGCAACUUCAGACCCAGCUCAGAGAGGGCACUUGGGAAAUGUGUUUUAUUACAAAAACUAUAGUGUUUUCUGGGUGCAGGAAGAAAAUCUGCCAGUAGUAGAACUUUAAUUACUUUACCCUGAUUCUCCAGAUACAGUUCUCAAAGAAUUCACACAGAAUAGGUGUAGCUGAGGUGAAGAAAGAAAAAAAGAGAUCAUAGGUGAUGGAGGGGACUAGAAAUCCAUAAAGCAGGGCUGUGUUAAAGAUGGUUCUGCCAGGACAGGAUCUCAGGGAGCAGGGAUCGAGACCCAAACCUGUUGAAGGGGCAAGAGGGUGUGCAGGGAACAGCUGCUGGGUGGGAAGAAUUUAAGUGUCCGGGUGGUGACUAAAGCACAGAGUGGAGGCUGUUUGGUUCUGCUAUGCCUCAGCCACUCAUCUUUAAAGUCACCACUACCACUGCCUUUUGGGGUUGCUUUCACAUGAAAGCAUUACAGAACAUAAACACUGUAAAGGCCCCUUCCGGAGUUGUUCCUGAGACUGAGGGUUGGGGGAGCUUUUAUAGAGAGGUGGGCCACAGGAGUUCAGAUUUUCAGAUUACAGGUUGUCAUGGCCUUAGCUGGGAAUCAGCAUGUCCAUCAGAAUACUGCCAUCCUGCCACAUCUGACUGGCUAGAAUUCUCAAGAAGUAAAAGCACUGUAUGCAAGAGAGCCUUCUGAAGUUGUGUAGACUACGCUUGAAUUUUGGUUUCACUUUUGCCUUAUGUUGACUGUCAAUUACUUUGAGCUUGAAUACAUUAACAGGUGCCCUCAUAUGGCUUCUAGAAAUGAAUGAAGUGAGAUUGUGAACUCGGUGCCUGGUGUAUGUUAGCUUCCUUUGCUCCUUGGAGGCAGGUUGUUUGUCCAACA